CACCUUCGUACCAGAAAGACAGUCUCAGCUUGAAAGGUGUCAGCGUCCUCAUCUUUGUCCGUUCCCGUACCGAUCGCCUCGCUCUAGAGCGACGGUCGACUCCCACUCCUCUGCGCAUCUGUCGCCAUGUCGGAUCCCACGAGCCAGAAGCACAAGUCGCACCAUGCAAGCCAGACGGACAAGAAGGCCCAGAAGGAGGCCAACCGCCACUCCAAGGGCUACAACCCGCGAGCCUUUGUCAACGCUAAUCCCAAUGUAGCUCAAAAGCAGAUUCUCCGAAACGCAGAGAGAGAUCAGCAGAGGUUGCAUGUACCACUCGUCAGUCGCACCAGCGAGGAUGAGGCACCUCCAGUCAUUAUUGCCAUUGUGGGACCUCAGGGUGUGGGCAAGACGACGCUGAUGCGCAGUCUGAUCAGGAGAUUCACAAAACAUACCCUGAAGGACAUCAGAGGUCCGGUGACCGUUGUCAGUGGCAAGAAGAGGCGAUUGACAUUCAUUGAAUGCGGCAACGACCUCAAUUCCAUGAUCGACAUUGGCAAGAUUGCAGACUUGGUCCUACUCAUGAUCGACGGCUCUUUCGGCUUCGAAAUGGAGACGAUGGAGUUCCUCAAUAUCCUCCAAGCCCACGGAUUUCCCAAGGUCAUUGGCAUCCUUUCUCACCUCGACCUGAUCAAAAAAUCUGCGACCCUGAGAGCCACCAAGAAGAGGCUGAAGUCCCGAUUCUGGACAGAAGUCUAUGCCGGAGCUAAGCUCUUCUACCUGAGCGGUAUCAUCAAUGGGCGAUACCCCGAUACAGAGGUGGCAAACCUGAGCCGCUUCAUCAGCGUGAUGAAGUACAGGCCAUUGACCUUCCGCAAUUGUCAUCCCUACGUACUAGCGGAUCGAUUCGAAGACCUCACCAGUCGGGAGCAAAUCCGGACUCAACCAAAAGCAGACCGGAGGAUCACAGUGUAUGGAUACCUGCGAGGGACGAACAUGAGACCCAAUCAGCGCGUCCAUGUCCCCGGAGUGGGAGACAUGACUAUUUCCUCCAUUGAGAAGCUCGCCGAUCCCUGUCCGCUCCCCACGACCGAGAGCGAAAAGCGGCGGCGGCUCGAUGACAAGCACAAGCUCGUUCAUGCGCCCUUCUCAGAUGUCGGUGGAGUCAUGUUCGACAAGGACGCCGUUUACAUCAAUGUCCCCGGCAACUUCACCCGCAAACAGCGCGCAGAGGGGGAAGAGGGCGAGGAUGACGAGGACGAUGAAGGCGCAGGAGAAGGAGAGGCCAUGGUCAUGAAGCUACAAGACGCCAAGAGGACUCUGGGCGAUCGAGGCUCAGGACAGGAUGGCGAGCUGCGACUGUUUGAAGAGGACGAGGCUCCUUUGACUGCUGCUGCUGCUGCUGCGAGUGGUUCCAAUGGCAAAAAGAGCGGAAGGAAAGCCGCCUUUGAUGAUGUCGGAGGCGACGACGAUGACGACGAGGACGACGAGGACGCAUCGGAAGACGGGGACGAUGACGAUCUCGACUACACUGGCGCUGGUCCAUCCCGUGGACUAGCAGAGGAUUCUGACGAUGACGUAGACCGAGAGCUCGCCUUUGCUGAGAGCGACUCCGACAUGGGCUUUGGUUCUGGUGAAGAUGACGACGAGGAAGACGAGGACCAACCAGAGAGCAGUGCGGCUCCCUGGAAGCGCAACCUCGCAGCCAAGGCGCAAGCUACAGUGGAAGCAAACAAGCACAGGCGCAAGCCAGACCUGAUGAAGCUCAUCUACAAUUCGACACUCACUCCUCUGGACAUUGCCAUGGGCAAGACGCAGCCCGAUCGGGACGAUGACCGUGACGAAAUCCGGCUGGCAGACGACGACGAAGGCGACGAUGACUUUUUCCAGCUGGCUCGUCAAGACAAUGGCAACGGCAAUGGCGCAACAUCAGCACUCGAUGAUGAUGCGGAUCUAGUGCCAGACCAGAGUGCGUUGCGGUGGUCGCAGGACGAUCUGGACAAGUGGAACGAUGAGGCUGCUCUAGAUUCGAUUCGCCACCUCUUCAUCACGGGAAAUAGAGAAGGCGAGGAGGGCGAGGAGGGUGCAGACGAGGAUGCUGGCGCAGGCUUCGACGAUGAAGACGGCGAGGACGCAGAUGCCGGGCGAGACGUCGAUGAAGACCCCGAGGUGGCGCGGGAGAAGGCCCUGGCAGCCAAGAAAGAAGCGCUCAAGAAGAAGUUCGACGAGCAGUAUGACGACGACGAUGAAGCUGGCGAAGGGGAAAAGGACUGGUACGAGACUCAGAAGGCUGAAUUGGCAAGGCAGGCUGCUGCCAAUCGUGCCGAAUUCGAGAAUUCGGACGAGGCGACUCGACAUGCCAUCGAGGGCUACCGACCUGGCUGCUACCUCCGUAUCGAAUUCACAGCCGUGCCCUACGAGCUGGUGGAGUACUUUGAUCCUCGGUCGCCUCUACUGGUAGGCGGUCUGUUGAGCUCUGAGGAGACGUACGGUUUUGUGCAAGUGAGGAUUAAGCGCCACAGAUGGCACCACAAGAUUCUCAAGACCAAUGACCCGCUCAUCUUCAGUAUGGGUUGGCGUCGCUUCCAGUCGAUUCCUAUUUACUCGAUGGACGAUGGAACGCGCAAUCGAAUGCUCAAGUACACCCCGGAGCAUAUGCAUUGUCUGGCCACAUUCUGGGCUCCUGCCGCUCGGCCCAACACGGGCUUCUGCGCCUUCAAUACCCUCUCUUCAAGUGUCGCCUCGUUCAGAAUCUCUGCCACGGGUACCGUUCUGGAUGUUGAUUCUGGCUCGGGCGCACACAAGAUUGUCAAGAAGCUGAAGCUGACUGGAUACCCGGCAAAGGUCUUCAAGAACACUGCUUUCGUAAAGGAGAUGUUCACCUCCAGUCUCGAGGUGGCCAAAUUCGAAGGAGCCAACAUCAAGACUGUUUCGGGUAUCCGUGGACAGGUGAAAAAGGCGCUUGCCAAGCCCGAGGGUUGGUUCAGAGCUACCUUUGAGGACAAGCUACUGAUGAGCGACAUCAUCUUCCUACGCGCUUGGUACUCUCUCCAUCCUCGCCGAUACUACAAUGCCGUCACCUCUCUCCUUUCCCCCAUCGAUCCGGACUCUUCUACGGGUGAUCGAGCCUGGACAGGCAUGCGUCUUACGGGUAAAGUGCGGUACGACGAAAAGAUCAAGACGCCUCGUCCUGUCAACUCGAUCUACAAGCCUAUCACGGAUCGUCCCGAGGAGCGUAAAUUCAACAAGCUCAAGAUUCCCCGCAAAUUGCAAGCUGCACUCCCUUAUGCCUCUAAGCCCAAACAGAUGAAGAAGCAAGGAAAGGCUACCUAUCUGCAGAAGAGGGCCGUGGUGAUGGAAAAGCCCGAGAGGGAGGCCGUUGCUCUUUUACAGCAGAUGCAAGCUGUUCAAAAGGCCAAGGUGGCAAAGAGGGUCAAGAAGCAGGAGGAGCGAAAGAGUGAGAGGAGGGAGAAGCUAAAGGAGAAGGAGGAAGGAAAGGAGAGGAAGAGAAAGGCAGAAUCGAAGGAACAUUUCAGAAAGGAAGGGCAAAAGGAGGCAAAGAGGGCCAAGCAGACGAGCAAGGCGAGGGGAGAUUGAGCGGGUAGCAUGGAGCAUCGCAUCUUGGGGAGCUGUUUAGAGACGGCUGUGUACUUUGCCUUGGCUCUCACGCGCAUAAAGUUCUUCUUGACGUUCGGUAGCAAGUGAGACGCAGUCCUACAUUGGAGUGUGCGUCAGCUGAAGCACCUCUAGUAUCAUCACGGUCAUGGUCAUCGUCAUCCUCUACGAGUGAGAACUUUACGAAAACUUUAUCAACCAUAGCGAACUGACUACAAUGUCGUGUAGACCAGGUUGAGCAAACUCGAGGGAGUUGAUCUUUUCCCAGUCCCUCUCAUCAAUCUGUCGCAACUCGCGCCCAUCCCCCACAAAGAUCAUUCCCGUUAUGUAUCCUUUCUGAUCACAGCAAUCCGUCGCCUCCUCGUCUCUAUGCUUGAGGAGACCGAGCGUGAAGCCCUGCUGGUUCGACUUGCCCUCGACCUCGAGUUCAUCGACCGCCCUUGGCAAUAUCGGAGAAUUGUC